UUAAAGAACGACAAGAUUGACUACAAGCACCCAAAAAAUGAACUUCUCUCUGGAGCUGCAAAUAUAUUUCUAGCAAUUGCAGGAAUAACUGGACAAGAAGAUGACAUACUAGAUCUAGUUGAGAGUAUAGAAAAUGCGUGCAGGCUACAAAAGUUAGAGAACGAACAUAUAGAUUAUAUCACAGAUAAAAUUCAGUUGAUUAUUACAUCGCUCUCUUAUAACAAGAAUGUAGUAGUGAGCUGCGGUAACAUAGAUUUUUGGAUAAGAUCAAGUGGCAAGGAAGAUCUUUUCUUUCAAAUCGAUAUUAUCUACGGAUUUGACGAUAAAAAGCAUGGGAUUUCUCUAUAUAUAAACAGCGGGCAUGCUUCUUUGAGAAUUCUUCAGCUAUCCUCUAUACCUGCACAUAUUAAAAACAAGUAUGAAGAAAUUAGAAAAAUAUGUUGUAAAGAAGAGAACUACAUGACAUGCGCCAUUGGUCAGUAUAUUGAGAGAAGCUUAGAAGAGUUAAAAAAUUCAGAUGCAGAAAACGAAAGUUAUAAUCUAUCGAAAUACAAGCAGAUUUUAGAUUUAGGGCAUGAGAACAUAUCUAAGAUAUUCUUGCAGGGAAGGCUUACUGAUAUUGACUGCAAGUCCUUUAUUAUAAAGAACUUUAUAAUAUACUCUGCAGACAAGAACUUAGGCUUAGAUGACCCUGCAAUACGCAUUACUGCUAAUAUUCUGGGGUCUGUCCCACUGAAUGACCCUGCUACCAGAAAUAGCAUGAUCUUAAGCUUUUAUUUCCAUCCCACCUGGCAGACGUACUAUCCAAAACUUGGGUUUGCACAAUCUGAGCAUGUGCAAAAAGGACAACUCAGUGAGCUAGAGUUAUUUGGUGUAUACGAAUAUAUACUAGAGCAGAAGUCAGCACGCCUUGCAGUAGACUCUCUCAUCACGUAUAUAAAGCUGGAAACAAAUAAUUAUAAUAUGUUUUUCUCUCUAUCCGAAUAUGAAGUCUCUAAAAUGCUCUUUAAUAUUAUAGUAGAAGAAGGAAAAAUAAGUUGUUUUACAGAACUUAGGGGUGUAUUUGAAGUGUAUGUGAGGCCUACAGAGAAAGAGUAUGUUAACUUUAUCUACACUACUUGGUUCAUUUUUGUAUGCGAAAUGUCUCCUCUUCCCUUGGAGAUUACUAAAAUACUUUACAGCUUUAUAGACUGUUAUAAUUUGCAUGACAGAAGCAACAGACUAAAAAAUUACAAGCACUGCAUAUACAUUGCUUUAUGUGUUCUAGAAGAAGAAAAAAGUCUUUUUUGCCUAGAAGGCAGUGACACAAGUAUGGACAACUAUAAAAAGAUGGUACAGUUCUUAAAAAAUGCCAUAGAUAAAUAA